CUAGAUUUUGUCCCGGACUGUAGUCGUACUGGCACCCGACGCCGGUGUACACCGUCGACUUCUCCCAGUGUAAAAAAAAGGAUAAAAGGGGCAAAAAGAUAGGUUGAGAGAGAGAAAAAGAAAAAAAAAAAAGGUUGCGUGUCUAGUGUUCAUGCGUCUGAGGAGGACCAAGUUUAAACCGGAGGAAAAAUAAUUCUUCAAAGGAAAACAGGGAAAAAACACAACAGACAAAGUUUAUAAUGUCUGUCUUCGCUCUCGUCUCCGCGGUCGCGGGUUUCGUCAAGAUCCGCUACCUCGUCGAGAAGGCGGUCAUAGACAACAUAGUCUUCAGGCUCCACUACAGGGUCACAUCGGCGAUACUCUUCCUAUGCUGCAUAUUGGUCACGGCCAACAAUCUGAUCGGUGACCCGAUAUCUUGUAUCACAGAUAGGGCGAUACCGACCCACGUUAUAAACACGUUCUGUUGGAUAACGUACACUUUCACACUUCCAGGGGUUAAGGGGAAGAUCGGAAGUGCCCUGGCGCACCCCGGCGUUGCUAAUACUCUGCCCGGCUAUGACAAACGUUUCCACGCCUACUACCAGUGGGUUCCGUUCAUGCUUUUUUUCCAGGGCGUUCUUUUUUACGUGCCCCACUGGAUUUGGAAGAACUUAGAAGAUGGUAAGAUAAGGAAUCUCACCGACGGUCUGCGAGGGGCGAAUGUAGUCCGUAGCCAGGACCAACAGGCAGCCAAGACGACACGCCUCGUCCAGUACAUCCACGAAUCCCUUCACAGGCACAAUGUCUAUGCUGCGGGCUAUUAUAUUUGCGAAAUCUUUAACUUCGCCAAUGUGAUCGGCAAUAUAUUCAUGAUCGACUCAUUCCUUGGAGGCGCUUUCAUGACUUACGGGACUGAGGUGAUUAAGUUCUCCGGACUCAACCAGGAACAGAGGACAGAUCCGAUGGUCGAGAUCUUCCCUCGUCUCACCAAGUGCACGUUCCACAAGUUCGGCCCGUCAGGCACGAUACAGAAGCACGACACACUCUGCGUCCUUGCUCUUAACAUACUUAAUGAGAAAAUCUACAUAUUCCUAUGGUUUUGGUUCAUCAUUCUGGCCAUACUGAGUGGUCUCGCCCUCGUAUACAGCACGGCGAUCAUACUACUCCCAUCCAUCCGGGAAAUGAUACUCAUCAGGAGGUUCAGAUUCGGUACGCCGACUGGCGUAUCCACUCUCAUCAGAAAGACACAGGUUGGCGAUUUCCUCCUGCUUCACUUUAUAGGCCAGAAUCUAAACAUGAUGUUAUUCGGUGAACUGCUCGACCAGCUUUCUCGCAAGCUCCACGUCGGUAACAACUUGCCGACCGCGCCGUCGACUCUUGAGCUCGCACCGAUUUACCCAUCGGGAAAGCUGAGACACCAUUUGGAGACAGAAGCCUGAUAAGUCACAGUUGGUUUUUUUUUAAAGAAAAAAGCCCUACGAUUUUUUUUCUUCUAUUUUUUACUUUAGACACUUAGAAUUUAUUAACUGUUAAGGAUAUAUUCCAAGAUCUUUUAAUUAUUCAACGAAUAUUGUGAGGAAGAGAGGAUGGGGGAGUAAAAAAAUAUUUAUAUUGAAUAUGCUGACUGAAAGAGGGCGAAAAAGAUAUGUCCAAACCCUCGUGCCAUAAGUCGAAGAAAAUUUUUUGUUGUAGUGUAAAUUUGUGAUAUGUAGAAAAUUUAUAAAAUAGUAAUAAUAAUUUUUAAAAAAAUUGUUCUAUUAGGAUUUAUUUAAGAUUAAAUUAUAUAUAAGGGGGAAAUAUCAUGUUUAUAAUAAUAAAGCAUAAAGGAAAAUCCUCUCGAUGGCACCGAUCAGUGCAUGUUCAAACACUUUUUGUUCUAAAUAUUCAUUUAUAUUUAUAAAAAUUUACACAAAA